AUGGCUUCCUUCUUUCACUUUGGCCGCAGCACGGACAGCGAUGAGAAAGACUACUUUAUUUUUAUCGGCAGCAGAACGCACUUUCUGCUAUCUCGCAGCUUGACGGAUCGCCUUCCGGAUGGUGUCUUCAGCGCCAUCGGUGCCGACAGGACGUAUUGGUUUGCAUUCGACCAGCAGCACGAGUGGUUCUCCUUCUUCAACGGCGCCGGCGGUCGGCUGGGCAACACCAAGACAGACUGGUCAUACCACCUCGAGCCUGCUCUGCGCGACUUCCUCAACGACAAUCGCGGAGAUAGUCCUCGGGCGGUCUUCGGUCCUGAUGGCACCUGUCUAUUGUGGACUCUCAAACAGCCCGAAAGGCUAGGCGCGAGCCGUACAGCCGGCCGAUGGUUCGAUCAGGGGCAGAAGGCUGAGAUGGGCCGUAUGCUCAAGAAUGAGUGGACUGGUCAGUCCACAGUGCCGAUUCAAUUUGCCGCACUUGGCGUGAGAGGGACGUACUACAUCCAGUUUGACGACGGUUCGCCAUCGAGAUAUGACUUCAGGAAGUACUACCAGAGUCUGGUUGAGUAUGUGAACCGUAGGAGACCUCAUAUCAUGUUCCUAGCACUACACCCGCAGGAUCCAAAUCAGUACUUCCUGAUCGAGAAGAAUGGCAACAUUCGCGCCCGGGUUUCGCCUAGGAUAUACGCAGAGUUGCGACCCGCUUUGGACAAAGAGAGACAGUACAACAAGAUCGAUGUUGACAUUUCUACUGUCAUGCCGAGAAGGCUCGUAAGCUAUCGAGUGGCGGAAAUGAGGCACACCUACUCGUACCCUUGA